AUGCUCUUGUUAGAUGACAAAACAGAAGUUAGAAAUACGGUAAGAGCAUUAUAUCAUUCGAAAAUAAUCACAUCUUUCAGAGUAGGACUUUGGUCGGAUUCAACGAGUUAGAAAAUCAUCACAAAAAUGUAAUUUGUCCGGAUCAUCCAGAAUCUUCAUUGCGAAUAACACGAAUCAGGGAAUUAUUAGAGAAAACGGGAGUGUUAGACCAAUGUGAUGUUCUCACAGACUUCUUGGAAGUCGAUGAACAAGAUUUGGAACUUACCCAUAAUAAAGAGAUGAUCGAAAAAAUAGGAAACUCUGAAAAUAUGGAGCAAGAUGAAAUAAAUACAUUAUGUACAUAUUUCGAUUCAGUUUUCAUGACGAAUAAAUCUAACGAUGCUUCAAAACAAGCAAUUGGAUGUGUUCGAGAUUUAACUCAUCAAAUAAUCAACAACAAAGCUGCAAAUGGUUUUGCUAUUAUUCGACCUCCUGGACAUCAUGCUGAUCGAAAAGAUCCUUGUGGUUUUUGUAUUUACAAUAAUGUUGCUCAAGCAGCCGAGGAAGCAUUUUUGAAUGGCGCUGAUCGAAUUCUGAUUGUAGAUUUAGAUGUUCAUCAUGGAAAUGGAACACAAAAUAUAUUCUAUGACGAUAAAAGAGUUCUCUACUUUUCCAUACAUCGAUACGAAUAUGGUAAAUACUGGCCUCAUCUCAAAGAAGGAAAUUUCGAUCAUGUUGGUGAAGGAUCAGGAGUUGGAUAUAAUGCAAAUAUUCCAUUAAAUGAAACAGGAUGUGGUGAUUCAGAUUAUCUUUCAAUACUUUUCAAUGUUCUUCUUCCAUUAGCUGCACAAUUCGAUCCUCAUUUCGUUAUUUUUUCAGUCGGUUUUGAUAGCUGUUUAGGUGAUCCAUUGGGAAGCAUGUUACUUUCACCAACUUGUUAUUCACAUAUAAUUUAUCAUUUGAAAUCACUUGCAAAAGGACGUUUACUUUUAGUUCUUGAAGGUGGAUAUAAUCAUCAAGUUUGUGCAGUCGGAGUUGAAAAAUGUCUUCGAAUAUUACUCGGAUAUCCGCCAGAGAAAAUUGAGAAUCUCGAACCAGUCAAGGAUAGUACUGUUGUUUCAUGUUUAGGACUUAUUUCAAUUUUGAGAAAUUAUUGGACAUGUUUUGCAUUAUAUCCAAGCAAAUCUUCGAUGAGAUUAUCCGAAUGGCCGUUGUGAGUUUUUUUUUAUAUUUGUUUUUUGCCUUUGAUCAACCUUCUGAUGUUUUAGAAUCGAAAUUUCUGCCGAGUUCAAAUAUAAUCCAGAAGAAAAACCAGCGGACACAGCAAAUAUCGAUCAAGAGAAUCUUCUGAAAAUUGAAGAAAAUUCUGUUAUGGAUUAUCAAGUUUCAAAAAAUGAAACAAUGAUUUAUUACAACGAGGGAGAUAUUAGACAUCGGGAUAUCACGGAUUCAGAACAUCCAGAAAAACCAGAAAGAACAGCGAAAAUUAUGGAAAAACUCAGAGAUUUUACUUUGAAAAAAUCUGAAAGAAUUGCAGAAGACGAUGAAAUUCUACUUGUUCAUACUGAACAAAUGUUGAAUGAGUUGAAAACUACACAAACUGUAAGUCUUAUUUAAAAUUUGUUAGACGAUACUUUUAAAUUAAAAAUUCAAAUCCAAUUUUUUUGUAGAUGACACAAGAUGAGCUCGAUAAUAAAAUGGACGAGUUGGAUUCGAUAUUUUUGACAAAUGACACAUUAAAUGUUGCAAAAACAUCAGUUGGAACUCUGUUACAGGUAGGUAAAACUCUUUAUUUUUCUUCUACAAAAACAUGGAACCCGUUAACACAUUCCGUAAUCGAAAGCGAAUGA